AUGGCUACCGACGACGUGUUGAAGCCCCGGGUCCUAUUAGUUUCUUUGCAAUUAAGUCCAUCCUUUGAUCACAUGUAUGGUAGUUUCCUUGCCAAACUAGCAUCACGGUCAACCAUCAGGCGCGUAAAAAAGGAAGAGUCAGCUAUUCGACUGCUCUCGGAGGAGCCACGGUUUUCAGCCGUUAUAGUGACUGACGCAGCACCGAGUUUGCCGGAGAACUCCGCCGUCUGGGAUGCAGUGCUAGAGUACGUACGCCAGGGCGGCACGUCCGUCCUGAUGGCGGAAUUUCCCUUAUAUGUUAGACACAGCAAAAUGGGCUCCUUCUUUUCUAAGGCAGGAUUGUCGUGGAAGUUCGGAGCUUUUUUUCGAACCAACGUCACACUCAAUCGAAACAGUGUAUCCCCUGCCUCGGUCGCACACCUUCCGCCGGAAUAUAGCCAACUGGCCACAUAUAUCAGGGACGUUGCGCCUGCAGACGCUUGGUAUACCACAACUGAAAACUCAAUUAUCGAACCUUGCCCCUUCGCUCCAGAAGUUCCACAUAACGUAACGCAGAUUUCGGUGGCACUCGCGUGCGUCGGGAAUGGGAAGCUUGGCUAUGUUGGCGAUGUGGACGCAGAGGAAGGCUCAGCGGAUGUGGCACUUGCUAUGUGUGGGCUAUCUCCAUGA